AUGGAUGACAUAACGGCACCCACGCAAAGUUCCCAUUGUAUUUCCUCAUGCUCUUCUUUUUGCUCUUGCUUCUUCAUUUUCAACUUCCUCAUCUUCUUCCUUUUGCUUUUCCUCUUGCCUUUGAUCUUCCCAUUUUCUCUUCCCAUUGCCUUUUAUCUUGCUCUUUCUCUUGCUCUUGCUCUUUCUCUUGCUCUUGCUCUUGCUCUUACUUCUUCCUUUUCAGCUUUAUCAUCUUUUUCCUCUUGCUCUUCCUUUUGUUCUUACUACUUCCUCUUCAACUUGAUUACUUUCUUCAUUUUACUCUUUCUCUUGCCCUUCCUCUUGAUCUUCCUUCUUCCUCUUCAACUUAAUCCUCUUGCCUUUGCUCUUCCUUUUUCUCUUCCCGUUGCCUUUUAUCUUGCUCUUACUCUUGCUCUUCCUGUUGCUCUUACUUCUUCCUCUUCAAAUUCAUCAUCAUCUUACUUUUGCUCUUCCUCUUGCUCUUCCUUUUGCUAUUUCUUCUUCCUCUUCAUCUUCAUCAUCUUCUUACUUUUGCUCCUCCUCUUGCAUUUGCUCUCUUUUUCUCUUCCCAUUGCCUUUCAUCUUGCUCUUCCUCUUGCACUUUCUCUUGCUUUUCCUCUUGCUCUUACUUCUUCCUCUUCAACUUCAUCAUCUUCCUUUUGCUCUUCCUCUUGCCCUGCUCUUCCUUUUUCUGUUCCCAUUGCAUUUCCUCUUUCUCUUCCUUCUUCCUCUUCAACUUUAUCAUCUUCCCUAUGCUCUUCCUCUUGCCUUUGCUCUUCCUUUUUCUCUUCUCAGUUUCUUUCAUCUUGCUCCUUCUCUUGCUCUUCGUCCUACUCUCUUCCUCCUGCUCUUGCUCUUGCUCUUGCUCUUCCACUUCCCAUUUCUCUUCUCUUCCUCUUCCUCUUGUCCUUACGUCUUCCAUUUCAACUUACUCAUAUCCUUCUUUUGCUCUUCUUCUUGCCCUUGCUAUUCCCAUUCCAAUUCCUCUUGUUCUUCCUCUUCCUCUAA